UGUGACAAGCAAUAGCUUAAUACUCGUAAAAUGCUUGCUAGAUUAUACGACAUUGAAAUGAUAGAAACAUUUUUGCAAUGUGGUUUUACAGAAAAAAUAAGAGUGGCUUCAAAUGCAUCUUUGUGUGUCUGUUCUCAUAUUGUUUUAUAUAUAUAAUACGGAUAUUUAUGUCUUCCAGUGAUGAAAUUAAGCCGUAUGUUACUUAUUUCUCGGAAAGAAAUUUCCACAAAAACGUUUCAAAGAAAAUUCUAAUUUGGACACCUUUAUUUUCGGACACUAUUAUAGAAUAUUGUGAACAAUGCCAGUCGAACUGUAAAGAUACAUGCAAGUGUACUUUUACAGUAAAUAAAAGUGAAAUUACUACUGCAAACGCCGUUAUAUUUCAAAAUUUUGAUCUUUUUCCAAAGUCAGUUAAUUGGGAAAUUGGAACAAAAACAACAAUAUCAUUUCCGACUUACCGUCGACCUGAUCAAGUUUGGAUUCUUUUUAACAUGGAACCACCAAGCAAUAUGUUCUGGGAUCCGGCGAUCUUAAAUGGAGUGUUCAACUGGACUGCAUGGUAUAGACAAGAUGCAACUCUAAUGUGGCUGUAUGGCUCCAAGUACACACUGAAUCAUUCAGAAAGCAAUGAUGCCAGGAAACUAUUCGGAAAAACAAAUUUUCAUCAAGAGAAAUCAAGAGAAGUAGCUGGGAUGAUAUCUAAUUGUAAAGAUCAAGCUGAAAGGUAUAAACUAGUUCAUAAAAUGCAAAACCUUGUAACUGUAGAUAUGUACGGCGGAUGUUAUGAUAGACCUUGUGGAAGUGUCAUGAAACCCAAGAGUUGUGAUGAGAUUCUAAAACAAUAUAAAUUCUAUCUGGCUUUGGAAAACUCUCUGUGUAAAGAUUACGUUACAGAAAAAUACUGGAAUGCUUUGAAGCGGGAACAGAUUCCUAUAGUUAACUGGAAGAAUAUUAGUGAAGACAUCGUAAUACCAAAUUCAUAUAUAAAUGUUUUUGACUUCAAAGACAUCAAAUCUUUGGCAAACUAUGUGAAAAAAGUGAGUUCAAAUGCAACUUUAUAUAAUAGUUAUUUUCAGUGGAAGACAAAAUACAAAGACAAAGGGACGCCUGUUACUUUUGAACUGUGUCGGUUACUGAGUCGCAACAGCUAUCAGAGGCAGGUUUACUCUGACUUUGGCAACUGGAUCAGGGACGAUAUAUGUCCAAAAGUAACCGUUGUGAACAACAUGAAAAAACAAGGAAACUGGUGGUUAUUUCAGAAACUUGGGGUAGAUAUAUCGUUUUGGUAGCUGAUGCAAAUGAUACACGUGCAGUUGAUGUAGAGCAUAUAGUGUGGACACCUAUUCAUUGAUGCGUGGCCGAGUGAUUAAAAUCGUUGACUUCAAUUUGCUUGCAGCUUACCUCUGUUUGCAGAAGCUCUGUUCAUGUCGGAUGUGGAGAAGCCACCCAGCAUGCUUGAGGAAGUCGUUGGUUCUAUCCAGGUGACCGCUGUACUGUAUUGAGAAAUGAGUAACUCAAUAAAACUAUUCUACAAGUUCAUUUACUAGGGCACUACAAGUGGUCAUAUCGCAUGCAUGUAUUCAACUAACAUAUAAUGGUAUCAGAGAGAGACAUCCUUCUGCUAGGGAGCUAGUGGGAGGAGCUGCUUUCACUUGAUUGACAUUGUAUUUAACAAGUUACACUACAAUUCCUCCCGGCCAAGAUUUGAAAUUAGCCAGAAUAAAAUAAUGUUUAUACUAAUCAAAUUCUCCAACAGCAAUGUCAUUAUUUCCAAACAUUAACUGAGAUUACAAGUGUUUGUCUUUACGAGUGUCUGUCCAGAUAACGAGAGUUUUAUUUGUAGCAAUGAUAUGCUCCUAAUUGCUUUAUCAUCUUAUCUCGACGUUAAUGUUCAAUGGCUGAUUUAAAGAUUGGUUCCGAUAGCAAUUACUGUCUACACGUGUUCAUAAAUUACUUUUAAUGUUAAUGAGACUGGCAUUUCAUUCAAGUAAAUAAAUUAUAAGCCCGAUGAUACAAAAUGAAUUUGCAAUGAAGGUCAGAUAUAUUAUUCUAAAACAAUAAUGUAAAUCCAGUAACAAAACAGUGUAAGCAUAUAAAUGACAUGUAUUAUUUCAAUGCACCUGUUGCAUGUAUAAUUCAUGGUGAAUUACAUUUUAUUGUUAAAUCCUUUUACAUCUCUUUGAAUUUUUUUUUCACAACGUUACAUAUUUAAAUGGUUGAUUAUUGAUUAGCACUUUUAAAUUCCAAUUUUGAAUGCAGCUUUUAAAUGAUAGAUUAUUGAUUAACACUUUUAAAUUCCAGUUUCGAAUGCAGCUUUUCGAGUCUGCUUUGAAUUAUAGCGGAUUAUUAUGCCGCUAUUUAUUACUUUGACACACAUAAUCUUUUAAGUAAUCCGGUGUUUUUUUCUGUCUUUGUGUUCGUGGUAAUACGGCAUCGCCAGACUCGUUGCCUUGGUGUGAUGGGGUUUCGUGCCUGGUUUUCUUCUCGAAUUGUGAUGAUACGGUCGUAUCAUGGUUGGCGUUGGUUUUCUCGUUGUUUGGCUCAGUUUUCGACGUUCCGACACGUUUAAAGAAUGGGGGUUUCGAGUUAUUUGUUUGUCCUCGCGUUCGGCGGUUACCAUUGACCCUUUUGUCUUGAUUACCUCAUAGGGUAUUGGAUCGUAUGGGGUCGAAAAUGUGUUGUGUUUGUCUUGUUUUACCAACACACUGUCACCAAUUUUAAUUUCAGUUUUUCUCGUGUUUCUCCGUGUAUCAGCAUAGUCUUUCAUUUUCUGCUUUGAUUUUCUGUCAUUUUCUCUUGCGUUUUUGUGUUUUUUCGUUUUUUUUUUG